GUUUUCUUCCUGCGUUUCUGCGUAUUAAAACUUAAGGCAUUUUAAUCAGACGCAGUUUAAGGAGAAGUCAUGAAGUCCCUCCUGCGUGUUGUGGGCUUGGACUGGAUCGACAGCAGCAGCUUUCUCAUAUUUGUGUUUGUUUUUCUGCUGCUGAGCGAUGUUUGGAAGAACAGAGUGCCGAGAAACUUUCCACCCGGACCCUGGUCUCUUCCUUUUGUUGGACACCUUCAUCUCAUCGACAUCUCUCGGAUGCACCUGCAGUUUUCUGAGUUGGCAGAAAAAUAUGGGAACGUUUUCAGUGUUCGCCUCUUUGGUGCCCGGACUGUCAUCGUUAGUGGCUACAAGCAAAUAAGGGAGGCUCUGAUCCUUCAAGGAGAAGACUUCGUAGAUCGUCCCGUCAUCCCGCUGUUUGAAGAGUUAGUUGGGAAUAAAGGUCUUGUUGGUUCCAGUGGUUAUCCAUGGAAGACACACAGGAGAUUUGCUCUUCAAACACUCAGAAACUUUGGCCUGGGCAAGAAAACGCUGGAGCGAUCCAUCCAGCAGGAGUGCCAGUACCUCACAGAGGGCUACGCCGCUCAUAAAGGUCAGCCUUUUAAUUCCCAGACUUUGGUAAACAAGGCUGUGUCCAAUGUUAUCUGCUGUUUGGUCUUUGGGAACAGAUUUGAGUACACAGACCAGCAGCAGCAGGCGAUACUGCAGAAAUUCAAUGAAGUUAUGCGCUUACAGGGAAACAUAGUGGUGCAGCUUUACAACGUAAUUCCCUGGCUGAUGAAGCGGCUGCCGGGGCCUCAUCAGACGCUAUUCUCCAUAACAAGGGAGAUAGUUGAACUCAUAAAAAUCAAGAUCAAGGAACACAGAGAAAACCUCGACCCGUCAUCUCCACGAGACUACAUCGACUCCUUCCUGAUAGAGAUGGGAGAGAAAGAAGACAAAGACUCCGGUUUUGAUUUGGAGAAUCUGUGUUUUUGCAUUUUUGACCUGUUCGGUGCUGGAACUGAAACCACCACCACCACUUUGCACUGGGGGCUGCUGUACAUGAUCUACUAUCCUGACAUACAAGAGCGGGUCCAGGCUGAGAUAGACGCUGUGAUUGGUCCGUCCAGGCAGCCGUCUACGACUGACAGAGACAACCUGCCUUACACCAACGCUGUCAUCCACGAGAUACAGAGGAUGGGGAACAUCGUCCCGUUAAAUGUGCCUCGAAUAGCAAGCAAAGACACCACCUUGGAUAAAUACUCCAUCCCAAAGGGCACCUUGAUAUUAGCUCCACUUCACUCUGUCCUCCAUGAUGAGUCCAUGUGGGAGACGCCACACUCUUUCAACCCUGAGCACUUCCUGGACCAGGACGGUAAAUUUAGGAAGAGAGACGCCUUCAUGCCUUUUUCUGCAGGUAAACGUGUGUGUCUCGGGGAGCAGCUGGCCAGGAUGGAGCUGUUCCUCUUCUUCACCUCCCUCCUCCAGAGGUUUAGGUUCUCACCUCCUCCAGGAGAGAAGCCCAGUCUGGAGUGCAGGAUGGCAGCAGCUCGUAGUCCCAAACCUUACCGCCUCUGUGCCGUGCCACGUUAAACCAUGAAAAUAGAUGGCAAUGACUUCAAAUAUUGCUAUCUUGGCGUAAAUCAAAAAUAUGUCGAAUGAAAUAUUUGCUGGUAACGUAGACGCACAAUCAAGACAUUUAAAGUCACUGACAUUUGAGUGACUUACAUUUUUUAAAUCAUCUGUUUUUAAAGACUUUCAGAAAAGACUUUAACAUUGUUGGGUUUAUCUUAGCUACAACUUACUAAAUAACCUGAAACAAGCAAUAUAUCUGCUGUUGUUGUGUCACUUUUGUGUUGUACAAAAAUAAAUAAUCUUGAAAUCUUGCGCAAGUCUCAACAAUUGAAGUAAAUGUUGCAUCUUCUGAUGAGAACAUUUUGCAUCCGUUUUUCAUAAUUGCAACAUUUGUAUGAAUGACAUACAUUCACAUGUAUGACAUGCAUUGUCAUACAAUGUAUAACAAUGUAUACAAUGUAUGACAAUUGUACUUUGUCAUACAUUGUCACAAUUGUGAUUGUAUAUAUUCUGAGUGAUGUGAUCAUUUUAGCCUUAAAAGUUUCAUGUACAAUUAUUGCUUCACUGUUAAGUUGGGUUUCACUGUAGUUUAAAAUACAGUUUGAAAAAGAGAGUUUUACUCCAUAAAUAGUUUGUGAUAAUGUAGCGUACACUAAAAAAAAUAACUAAUUGGAUUAACAUUAAAAAUAUCAUGGAAAGGAUUUCCACCUGAUAACUUUGUUUAUUUCAACACUAUGUAAUUAUGUUACUCCAAUUUAAAGCAAAUGUGUUAGUUCAACUUAAUUUAUUAAGGUUGAUUCAACUCAUUUACUAUAGUUGGACCCAAUGUAAUUUAAUAGAACCAGCCGAACUAAUUUGCAGAGUUUUGGACCAAAUAAUUGACUUUACUUGAUUAAGAUGAAUGCAAAUUUAGUUGAAACCACCUCAUGUUACAGUGGUACCGUCACACUACUUAAUUAAGUUGAUCCAACUCAUUAAAAUUAAGUUAGCUCAACAAACAUGCUUCAUGCUGAAAGAAAGCUAUCCUUUCCAUGAUUGAAUUACGUUAAUUCAAAGACAUUUUUUUAAGUGGUAUUACAUUAUGUGUUUUAAGACAGCACUGGGUGAAAGGGUAGAAAAAACACUCAACAAUUAGAAAAGGUACAACAAUACUUGUGUAGUAUUAACUUAUUUUGUUUGUGCAAAUUCAAAGACCCCUCAAUUCUCAUUUUUUCAGUGUAGUUCCUGGUUCAACACAGCUUAAACCAAACUGAGUGGUUUUAUUUUGAAACUCAGCUGUUUUCACCUGUGAAACUUUGACUCAGUUCAGUUUGUCUUAUCUGGUUCCCGCUGUGUUUGAUAAUAAAACAUCUGGUUCCUCGGUGACAUAUUUUAAGCAUUCAUUUAAUUAAAACUGUUUGUUGUUAAUGGAAUCCCAAAAUUCAGUUUGUCAGAAAAUCUAAAUGACUAAUACAAAAAUAUUUUUAACACAAAAAUAUUUUUCUGGGCUACACAAUAUUCCAAUUUAUUGAGCUGUUCCUCUGUUUAUGUAUAAAUACUAUUUUUUAACUUGUUUGAGACUUUGAAUCAGAUUUUUUGACCUCAUCUUGACUGUGUUGUAUAUCUAAAUGUAAUAGUCAGUCAACAUGAAAAUUAACUUAUAAGGUGCAAUAAAGAUUAAAAUGUUUAGAAAAUG